UUUUAACGUAUAACUUUCAGUUAGGAAACUUUCGGAAAUUUUGUCGUUUGGCUCGGACGUGUAGCGCGCGCGUUCGUCUCUCAGUGUCAGUGUGUGUGCGAAGAAAAUGUAAAAAAGAUCGCACGUGCGAAAAAGAGAGGAAAGAAAAUAAAGUAAAACAACAAAGGCGCCGCAUGCAAAACAAAUAUUUAAUAACGAGAAAUGCAAAAAUAAGAUGCAACAAAUGCAAAGCGAGAGAAAAGCAAAAGGUUUAUAAAUAGUGCACAAAAACAAAGCGGCUACGGAAAUUUCGGCGGCACAAUAAGAAUUUGUCGCGUCGCCCGCCGUCUGGGGUCACCGCCGCAUCACCAUCCCCCCACCCAAUCCGUGCGUUUGCGUUUUCGUGCGUGUUUGUGGUGUGUGUGUGUGUGUGUGUGUGUCCGCCGACUGUGCUCGUGUGUGUGUCCGUGUGUGCAAAAGUAUGAAAAUUUAAUAAUUAAGAAAUUGCGCCGAAAAUUUAAUUUACCGCAAAAUAUCCAAAUAAUAAGAGAAAAUACCCAGAGGGGUAGAAAUAUUUUCCCUCCCAAAAAAAAAGCGGACAUACGUUUAUUCCCGCCUUUCGAUAUGCUGCGGCAAAAUUAUGAAUGCAAAAAAGCUGCAACAAAGUGAAGUAAAUCCCAAACCCAAUCAACAAAUGUGCCAAAUUGUUAGCAAAUAUUAAAGUUUAAAGAGAGAGUGCACGAAAAUGUGGUCCCACUGAGGCCGCCCCUGAAGAGAUCACCCCCUUUAAGGAUACAGAACAUGACCGAAUACGUGACGCCAAAUAUCAGCAGCGUGCUGAAGAAAUACCAGACGAGUGCCACAAAGAGUCUCCAAGGACCCGGCCAUGCCCUUGCCGUGUCAGCAGCCGCGGCGGUAGCAGCAGCAGGGGUCGGCGGCUGUCCUUCACUGGAGGUGGCGUCCACCAACGGUGGAGUUGGAAACCGCAGCGAGAGUCCAAGUUGCGGGGGCAAGGUGCAGCAGCCGUCUUCGCCCGGAAUUCCACUCAUCAAGAAGGAGAUUCUCAGCUCCCCGGAGCCGCACGAGCUGCAGCACCACCAUCGGGAGGCAGCAUCGCCACAGAUUUAUGCCACGCCUGCCACACCCCCGAGGGAGCUCUCGCAACCGAUCCUCUCUGUGGCAGAUGCCGGCUGUGGGGAGCUGUACGAGACGCGGCUGGAGGGCAAGACCAUUGGAUGUUUCUCGGUGGGCGGAGAAAUGCGGCUGUGCCUGCCGCAGUUCCUCAACAAUGUGCUGAACGACUUCUCGCUGGAGCAGAUCAAUCGGAUCUUCGACGAACUGGGUAUCUACUGCUCCCAGUGCACCCCCGACCAGCUCGUGGAGUUCAAGGCCGCCAAGAUUCUGCCCUCCGAUGUGAAGGCCAGCGGAUUGAUUACCCGCACCGAUGCGGAGCGCCUCUGUGCCGCAUUGUUGCACCGCUCCGAUCGCAACAGCUACAUCCCUAUCGAGAGCCUGGCCAAGGGCGCCCUCAGCUUCCACGUGUACCACAAAUGUUUUGGCAAGUGCGAGGGGAUCUGCACUCCGGAGAUGUACUCCUACCAGAAACCCACAUGCAUCAAAUGCCUCGAGUGCGAUGGGUGGUUUUCGCCCCAGAAGUUUGUGGGGCAUGUGCAUCGGAAGUUCGAGAAUCAGACCUGCCACUGGGGCUUCGAUUCCCGCAACUGGCACGACUACCUACACGUGGCGCUCGAUGUGGAAAAUCGCGAAAAGUACCAGAUAAUCCUCGAUCAGCUGAAAGAAGUGGAGCUCAAGGAAAUGCACAAGGCGCAGCUCGAAAUGGAUCACAAGAAACGAAAGGCGGAAAUGCUCAUGGAUGAUGCGUCGCUGCUGGUGCCGCUUGGCUUGGUGGGUGCACCGGUUGUGGUGCCCCUAGUGGCUGCCCAUCUUCAGGUGUCCCACAAGGCUAAUCCACAGUUGGACAUUCCAGGAAAGAAGGUUCUGAAGGGUGCUGGUGCGGGUGGAGCACCCGCCUUGGAUGCGUACCACUACCAAAUCAUGUACGCUCACUGCGUGCAGCAACAACAGCAGCGGGAACGAGAGCAACAGCAUCACCAGCAGCAGCACCCACACCAGCAUCCACGGGGGGCAGUGCUAGUAGGGCAGCCACAGCCACCUCCGCAGCAUCCACAUCCGCAUCAGCCACCACAUCCCCACCAGCCGAUGAGCUCCUCGUCGGCGUUCCGCCCGUGGGGACCCACCACCACGAAGGCCUUCCUGCACGCCUACAAUGCGACCCUCUCCUCUCUGCCGUACGCCUGCCAGGAGCCGCCGGAGCUGCAGAAUCCCGAGCGCGUUGUCCGGAGCACGGACAAGCGGUACGCGGAGCGGACAUACCAGCCGAAUGUGGCGCUGGCGCCACGCAAGAGCAUACUCUCCAAGGAGCGGGACAAGGACAGGGACAGGGAGAGGGAGCGCGAGAAAUUGGAGCGUGAAAUGGAACGCCAGAGGGUGCGAGAGAAGGAGCUGCAUCUUCACAUCAAGCAGGAGAGAGACGACAACACACCAACGCCCACGCCCACUACGCCGCCGGCAGGAGAAGCUGUGGAUGUAGUGGAGCCACCGCCCAGCUCCUCCAGCUGCAGCAACUCCCCCAAGCCCCUGCCCGCAGUCGCAGCAGCAUCAGCAGCACCACAACCAGCCACCAGACAUGUGCCCUUGCCACGCAGUCCGGAGGAGUUCUCCGCCGGCAGCAAUGAGAUAACCUCAUCCACAUCGCCCGUGCCACUGAAGCAGCCACAGCAGCAUCCACAGUUACAUCCCCAGCAGCAGCAUAAUUCGCACCCGCACGCGCAGCAGCAGCAGCACAUCAUUGCCACCGUCAAUCAGCAUGCGAAACUGUUGCCCAGCUCCAGUUCCAUUUCCAUCUCGAAUGGAACCUCCACCAACAGCAACGGAAGUCACAACGAACCAAGUCGAAUCAGGAUCAACAAGAACCUGAUGAGUCAGCCAGCGGAGCCGCCACCACCUCUACCAUCGAUGCUACAUCACAAUCUCCAUCACAACCACCACUAUCCUACCCUGGGACACCACAUGGGUGAGGCACAGGCACAGUCCUACUACAAGGGUGGUGUAAUUGGUGGAACCUCCCCCACGCAGUCUUCCAGUGCGGGCCUCAACCUAAGCACCCACUCCUCGAAUGUGGUAAGCUCUCCGCAUCAGCAGACAACCAAGCAGCAGCAGCAACACCAGCAGGCGUUGCAACAUUCGAUGCAGCAGCAGCAGCAACAGGCAGGAGGAGUAGCAGUCCAUCUGCAGAAUGGUAAACCCCAUUUGGGCAGUGAAUUCGAGCUGUCCACAGACACGGACGAUGACAGUUUGAAUGGAGAGCCGGAUAGCAGUGCAAUGCUUCCGCCCUGGGAGCAGGCCGUGGAGUAUCUCCGAGAGACACGUCCUAGGGAUCGGGAGAGGGUGCUGCAGCUGCUGCAGAGGCUUCUGCAGGAGAACCAACAGUUCCGCUACAACAAUAUGCAGCUUAGCGACCUGCUGCACAAGCAGGAUGCCCACAUAUCCGAUCUGACAGAACAGCUGCAGCGGUAUCGCAGGCAGCUCGAGGAUCUCGACUGCAAAGUGGAGCUGAGGCGAGUGGUGCCAUUCAAGCAGCAGACGCAACUGCUGGAGGACCAGGUGGACGAAGGCGAAGGCGAGCAGGACGAGGAUUUGGAGGAGGAGCAGGAGGAGGAGGAGGACCGGGCCAAUAACAAUAACCAGCAGGAGCAGCAGCAGCAGCUGAUGAAGCCGCAAGCGAAUGGCCUCCGAAAGAGUCCCACGCCCCUCAAUUGCUGCGGAGCAGAACCCAAAGAGGAUACUGAGGCCGAGCCGGAGGAACCUGCCACCAAAAGAGCAAAGAUGCAGCCAGCUGAAAUGGCGCCCUCCCAACAUAAUGGAGAUACCAAGAUGAAUGGCAGUGCCAAGAGUCCUGUUCCCAGUCAAUCCGCCUCUAGCGACGAGGAGGACAUGGAGGAGGAGGAAGAGGAUGAAGAUCCCGACGAGGUGGUGCAGGCACCGCAUAGCAGUGCCCUUGUCACGCCGCCCACAGCCACCACGCCCAUUAGUCCCGAUUCGGCUGCAACUGCGGGACAGUUGUUCGACAGCAGCAACAGCAGCGACGAGUCAUCGAUGAAAAAGGCCCAAAUGUCGGCCUGCCAUGCCCUGGCCAAGAUGAACAACAACCACAAGGAUAAUCGGCCACAGGAUGAAGAGGACUCCUCUGACGAUGAAAUGCCAUUGCAACAGCGCCAGCAGCAGCAACAAAGACUACGCCAGCGAUCCUUCAGCAAAGAAGGAUUAUCAACAGGAUCUAGAUCUGCCUCUAUGUCAGAUGAAGACGAGGCAGUGCCUCAAACCACCAUCCUCCCAGCGACACCACCUGCCUCCGCACCUGCCACAGUUCAUACUCAUCCACCACCGAUGGCCACCAAGGCGAGCAAGAAGCAAACGCCUCCAUCCCUGGGAGCACUACCCAUCAUCACAGCUCCUGUCGGAACCGCCGCCACCACAACGAACUGCGAGUUACAAAUCAAAACUGAGAUUGCCUAGGCAACCCAUAUUUCCAUCCUCAGCCUCUACCCCAUGAAAGGAUAUAUAGCUUCCUCUCCCAGAAUAUAGCUCUUUCACGACACACACACACACACACACACA